CGACACACACUGGUGUCAAAACCAUACUGCACUUAAUGGUUUCACACUCCUGAGGCGGGAAUUCAUCCGAAACGGGAGCCUCGCGCAUCGGAUUCCGUCGUCACCGAGUGAAUUAAUAAAUAAAUAAAGUCUGACUGACUGGACUUACAGACGAGCUGAAGAGUCCCACGUUUGACAGCUUUUUGGAGGCGUCUCAGCUCGAUUCAAUGCAAAUACGCUGAAGGAGAAGAGGAGGGAAAGGAGUGAACCCACGCCAGCGUGAUCCCUCAGUUAUCAAUGGCAAACACCGGAGCGCACGCGACUGGAGCGAGAAGCUCGAGACCAUCUCGUGCGUCGCCGCGCUCUCGCCGCGAGUGAGUUUUAAAAGGCGCGCGGCGAGGGGGAGAGAGAGAGAGCACCGUGAAGUUGAAGAUAAUCGCCAGUCAAGACAAUAGACGGGUGGAAAAUUUGUUUCAUGUGGCAGAUUAGUGAGAAAACAGCACCCGUCACCGCGAGCUUCCCAAGGAUUGCUGAGAAUAUGGUAAUGUGUAGCCUAAUUGUUGACGAAGGUGAAGAUGACUGAAGCUUCGUGAGAAAGAUACCGAGCGUGUUUUUGGUGAGAGAGGGUGAAGUUUAUUCGACAUGCCCGAGAAUGUCUCGCUCGUCAGGAACCGGACGGAAGACGGGCAGGGUCGCGCUUGGGGUAGCGGAGCGGGCGCGCGGCCAGCAUGGGUCGUCAUGGUGCUGGCCGGUGUGCUGAUCUUCACGAGCGUGGUGGAUGUGCUCGGUAACGUGCUGGUGAUCAUCUCGGUGCUCAGAAAUAGAAAACUGAGAAACGCGGGUAAUGCGUUUGUAGUGAGUCUGGCUUUCGCCGACCUUCUGGUGGUUUGCUACCCCUACCCUCUGGUCUUGCACGCCAUGCUGCACGCAGACUGGUUGCCGGGGGAGAUGGAGUGUAAGGUCAGCGGCUUCCUGAUGGGAGCGAGCGUCAUCGGCUCCAUCUUCAACAUCACCGCCAUCGCCAUCAACCGCUACUGUUUCAUCUGUCAGACAAACACCUACGAGAAAAUCUACGGCCGUGCCGGAACCCUGGCGCUACUGGUGUUGGUCUGGGUACUCACCGCCCUUGCCAUUCUUCCAAACCUGGCGCUGGGGUCGUUGACGUACGACCCCCGCGUAUAUUCAUGCACUUUUAGUCAGACGACAAGCGCGGGAUACACCAUCGCUGUGGUGACCGUGCAUUUCCUGCUUCCUAUCGCAGUAGUUACGUUCUGUUAUCUGAGGAUUUGGGUGCUGGUGCUCCGUGUGAGGAGGCGGGUCACAACCGACGUCAGGCCACGCCUCCGUCCGAAUGAAUUGCGCCACUUCUUGACCAUGUUCGUCGUCUUCGUGCUGUUUGCCGUCUGCUGGGCGCCGCUGAAUUUGAUUGGCCUGGCUGUAGCGAUGGACCCGCCCAAUGUUGCGCCCUUGGUCCCUGAUUGGCUGUUUGUGGUUAGUUAUUUCAUGGCUUACUUUAACUCCUGCCUGAACGCCGUAGUGUACGGGCUGCUCAAUCAGAACUUCCGCAGAGAAUACCGCAGAAUACUUCUGUCGCUUUGUAAGCCACGCCUCUUCCUGCAGGAGACAUCAAAGGGCGGGACUGAGCGCAGCAACAAACAUUCGCCUGGCAACAACAACAACGACGAUCAGCCCAAAGAGAACACAGUACAAUUCACCCACAAUCCAACUGUUCACAAAUAGAUAUCAAAGAGAGAAUGCUGCAAAAAGGUUUUAAAUGGCACCCACAAAUGUUUUUAAAAUAACGUUUUUAUGUCUCACUUUAGAUAUCACCAUCUGCAAAAAAACCAAAAACCUAUUGUUGAAUAACCAUAAAAUUUAAAUAAUCCUCGGUAUUACAAGAAUUAAUUGCAUCUCACAUGUAUUGCAAUCACAUUGAAUUAAUGCAUGCUAAUGAUUGAGAACAGUGCAAUAAGUCAUUACCAGACAAAAGGUGCAAGCAAGCUCGACAAUGACAAAGACUG